GCAGUUAAGCUGAACUCCUGCGAAGCCGCGCCACUAUAACACCCCUCCCUCCCCGGGAACCACCCACCAGAGUGUGAAGUCUAGCCUGGAAACCUUCCAUUUUUCUCUCUAUGUCUCUGUCAUGGAGAAGUCUAGGACCCGGACCCAGAUCCUGACCCGGACCCAGCUAUUACAGUCUCCAGCCAGCUCAAAUUUAGUUCUUCUCCGUUGACUCCACCUCAACAUUUCUAGUGAUUUUUAGGUCGUCUUCUUCUUCUUUGAAAAGUCUCCAUUUGGGUUCAGAUCUCUGGCGACAAUGGAGGAUGAUAAAACCGCGUUGUCGCGGAAGCUGAUCGAUAUAGUGAGCGAAAUCUCGGCGAUUCCUGAGUACAGAAGCACUGUGAAGAAGCAGUAUACUAAUCUAGCUCGGAGGCUGAAGCUGUUGACCCCAAUGUUCGAAGAAAUUCGUGAUAGCAAAGACCCACUUCCCGAGGACUCCAUCAGAGCUUUAGCUUCCCUGGCGAGCGCCCUCGAAUCAGCUAAAGAGUUGCUCCGCUUCGGCAGUGAGGGCAGCAAGAUUUAUCUGGUCUUAGAGAGAGAGCAAAUCAUGAGUAGAUUUCAAGAAGUGACAGCUGAAUUGGAGCAAGCUCUUAGUGCCAUUUCUUUUGAGAAACUUGAUAUAUCAGACGAGGUGAAGGAACAGGUUGAGCUUGUCCUUGCUCAGUUCAGAAGAGCCAAGGGAAGGGUCGAUGCACCAGAUGGUGAGCUGUAUGAUGAUCUUUUGUGCCUCUAUAACAAGAAUAAUGACGGUGAAGAAGAUCCAGAUGUAUUAAGGAGGUUGGUCGAAAAAUUACAGCUUGGUGGCAUAGCUGACUUGACUCAAGAAUCACUAGCUUUGCAUGAGAUGGUUGCUGCAACAGGUGGGGACCCAGAGGAAAGCAUAGAAAAAAUGUCAAUGCUGUUGAAGAAAGUUAAGGAUUUUGUUCAGACAGAAAAUCCAAAUAUUGAUUCUACUGCUGCCGAAAAGUCUGCCCCUACAAGUAGUAGCGGAAAGACAUCAGCCGAGGGAAAUCAGAAAAACCUGGUUAUACCAGAUGAUUUUCGCUGCCCCAUCUCAUUAGAGCUCAUGAAGGAUCCUGUCAUUGUCUCAACGGGACAGACUUAUGAGAGGUCGUGCAUCGAGAAAUGGCUAGAAGCAGGGCACAGUACUUGUCCCAAGACGCAACAAGCACUGACUAGCACUGCUCUUACACCAAAUUAUGUUCUUCGAAGUCUUAUAGCGCAAUGGUGCGAGGCAAAUGGCAUUGAACCACCAAAAAGACCAGGUAGCUCUCGAGCCACCAAGACGGGGUCUGCAUGUUCCCCCGCAGAGCGUACUAAGAUAGAAGCACUUCUCUAUAAGCUCACAUCUGGGAACCCUGAAGAUCAGCGGUCUGCAGCUGGUGAAAUCCGUCUUCUUGCCAAGCGAAAUGCCGACAAUCGUGUGGCGAUAGCUGAAGCUGGUGCUAUUCCUCUGCUUGUCCAGCUUUUAUCAACCCCUGAUUCCCGCACUCAGGAGCAUGCUGUUACUGCACUUCUUAACCUUUCCAUAUGUGAAGACAACAAGGGAAGCAUCAUAUCCUCUGGUGCUGUGCCUGGUAUAGUUCAUGUGCUCAAGAAGGGGAGUAUGGAAGCUAGAGAAAAUGCAGCUGCCACCUUGUUUAGCCUCUCGGUAGUAGAUGAAAACAAGGUAACAAUUGGCGGUUCAGGAGCAAUUCCACCGUUGGUGACCCUUCUUAAUGAAGGUACACAACGGGGAAAGAAGGAUGCAGCAACAGCACUCUUCAACUUGUGCAUAUACCAAGGCAACAAGGGAAAAGCCGUCAGGGCAGGAGUUAUUCCCAUACUCAUGCGACUGCUCACUGAACCUCAAGGCAGCAUGGUGGAUGAAGCACUCGCUAUACUGGCAAUAUUGGCCAGUCAUCCUGAAGGGAAAGCCGCCAUUGGAGCUGCUGAGGCAGUACCCAUUUUGGUGGACGUUAUCAGGAAUGGCUCCCCGAGGAACAAAGAAAAUGCAGCAGCUGUCUUGGUGCACCUUUGUUCUGGCGACCAACAGCACCUUGUUGAAGCCCAGGAACUAGGGGUAAUGGGGCCACUACUUGAUUUGGCACAACAUGGCACGGAAAGGGGUAAGCGGAAAGCUGCCCAAUUGCUUGAGCGAAUGAACAGAUUUGUAGAAACACAGAAGCAGGCCAGGGCUCAAGCAGAUACACAAACACAGAAUCAGCUCUCACACCCACCCUCAUCGGCUAAUGCUGAUAAUAGUUGAGUAUUCUUGUCUAUUUCUUCUUACUUGGCUUUAUUUGUGUCCAGAUCUCUUCAGUGUUCCAGGGUCGUAGCUUGGUUUGAAGGGAGAAGGUGGAAGAUCACCUCUCCUGUCCUUUUUAAAGUUAUUAUUUGUUAUGUUCCGGUCUGGACUAUAACGAGAAAAUACAGCGACAGGAGUAGAGUACAAAAGAGAAUUCUCCGAGCUAUGACAUAAUGUGAACGCCAAAUUGUACCUUGUAAAAUGCAAGUAUAAUCAUCCUCAGUUUUUAUUCAAGAACUUCGCUGUGUUAAUACCUUGGUCACCCUCUACGACAUGUUACAUUAUAUAAUCUGUUUUAAGAGAAUUGAGAUGUACCCA